AUGCCAGCUCUCCAAGUUGUCCAUUGUUGCGAUGGUCUUCCUGAAAUGGAAGAAGAUGACACAGACGCUGGUGGUGAUGCCGGUGCUACUGAUGUUGACGAGGAUGUUGACGACGAUGACGCCCUCAAGCGACCCAAGAAGAUCAUUUUCAAACCGGCAUCUUCCAAGCGACUCCGGUUCUGCAUUCAGGCCAAAAUGAGCGAUUCUUCCAUCGACAUCAACGACAAAGCGUUGGUUGCGCUUCUCUGGGGAAGAAGACAGUUCAGCUAG